GAUGUGCAGCAUAAUCCCUCUCUUGAGGGUUUAUGGAAACCAAAUCGCUCUAGGUCACGCUGCUCAUGGCCUUCUCUCCUGCUUCGCUUCUUCUCCGCCGCUACUCCGUCGCCGCCCCCUUAUCUCCUUUGUCCUCACUCCGUUCGUCCCUCCUUGUUUCCCUCGUAAAAGUCCCUCCUUUUUUCACCUCCGCGCGCUCCCUCUCUGCCGCUCCACUCCCGCAGCACCCGUCUGACUCCUCUGAUCCCCUUGACCCCCCUCGAUCCUCCCUUUCCGCCCGCCUCUCCUUCGUCCUCGACCAGAUCGACUCCAUCGAUCGUGAUCGCGCUGAUAAGGAAGCCGCUCUCCAGCGCAUCCGCGCCUGGCACCAGGCCAAGGCCGCGCCGCCGCCCUCGCCUUCGCCCCCGCUCCCGUCGCCUCCAUCCAUUGAUGAUGGGACUCCCAUGGACCCAGCGCCUCGUGCGACGGACCAAAACGAGAUAUUUCACGCGCCAACUGAUACGAGCACGGAUGGGAGUAUGAGAGAUGUUCUUAGGCAGGAGGUGGAGGUCGUACACCCCUGGCCCGAGUGGAUUGAGCUGAUUGAGAGAUUGUCGCAGCAAAAUUACUUUGACUUUCGCAGGACAGACGAGGAGCGCGUCGCCGCGAAUUUGUCCAUCGACCUCUCGUCAAUAAAGGAAGAAGUGGGGUUUGAUUUCUCAAGGGAUUGGACCGCUGUGAGGAAUGCUUGUUCGAAUUUUGGCCGUGACCGCUUUGAUAUUUUGAGGUCAUUGUCAAGGAAUGAUAUUCAAGUUCUGGUGGGUCAUGGAUGCCCAAGUAUGAGCCCAAAAGUUGUCUUCUCAGCAAAGCUGUUAAGAAAGCUUGUGCACCUUGACGAAGGAGAUGUAUGUAGUUCAUGCAGCCUAAGGAGCAAGUGUGGCAGAGGAUAUAUCUUACCACGCAAGGAGGAUGAAGCGCGCACUCUUGAUGUUGUGCGUAUCUUACUGACAUUUGGUUUUAAUCAUGUAAAAGAAACAGUUGAAAAUAAGCCUCUCAUGAAAAUGAUAUCCGUAAAAACUGUAAUCCGCAAGUUGCUACACGAGAUUGUUAAGUUGAGUGCGAUUCCAAUAGAUCCCAAUCUUCCACCUCCUGUCAUCAAGAAGCCUCCUCCUAAGGUAAAGCAAACCCCUCCACCACCGAAAAAAAGAGUGGGGAGAGAUGAUGUAGAAAUGAAGAAAGGAGAUUGGCUUUGUACCAAGUGUAACUUCAUGAAUUUUGCAAAAAAUAUUGUCUGUUUGCAAUGUGAUGCUAAACGACCCAAGCGGCAACUCCUCCCUGGGGAAUGGGAAUGUCCUAAGUGCAAUUUCUUGAACUAUAGACGAAACAUGGCAUGCUUUCAUUGUGAUCACCAGCGUCCCCCUGAUGAAUAUACAGAAAGUCAAGUGCAUACAAGAGAUACAAGAGAUUAUAGUCCAAACACAAGAUUGGAGCGGACUACCAGAUUGCAAAAUGUCUCUUCAGCCUGGAAUUUUGACUUUGAUGACAAUGAAUCUGAUGGAGCUGAUGUUGCAGCGUUUGAGUUUGCAGAUCCCCAUAAGAAUGAUCAAGGUUCUUUGGGCAAUCAGUCUUAUAGGGGAACUGAUUUGGAAUAUAAAGAUGAUAUGGUACAUAAUGACAGGGUGUCAAGAACCGCAGAACGAGACCACCACUUUAAGGAAGAUAAUAAAAGGAAAUCUGCCUUGGACUCUCGGAGAACAGGAUUUGAUGAUUUUGAUGAAGAAGAGGAUGAUGAUGUAGACAGUUAUGAACUUGAUAGGACCCAAGCAAGCGAGGUUUCUCGGAUGAAUUUUUCGGAGCUAGAAAAGGCAUCAGAUUCUGAAGGCUCGGAAGCAUUUGAUCAUUAUAUAAACUCAAAAAAUCAUGCUUCAAAAGAUACUAUGUCUGAUUCUGAGGAUGAAGGUACUGCUGAACAUCCUUAUUGGAGACCUGGUCAUGAUGCGGAUUCUGAUCAGAUGGCUGGUGGCAGGGGUCACCUGCGACGUAGGGAGAUGCCAUUUGGGUCAGAUGAUGACUUCAAAUCUGAUUCUGAUGAAAUGGACGACAGUUUAGGGUCAAGAUAUGGGAAAGGCCACCAAGGAAAUCUAGGUAGGGCCAGGGAACGAAAAUUUGCCAAUUCUGGUGACAGGUACCCUGCUGGUAUGGUGUCUGAUGAUGAUGACUUAUCCAGAGAUAGUAAGAGAGGAAAAUUCUCUUCUAGAGGCUCACAGAGAGAAUUUGUAGCUUCUGAUAGAAUGGGCGGCAGGAAGAAUUCUUUCUCCCGUGGCAAUUAUGGUUCUUCUAGAGGACCACGCAUGCAUGGAAAUGGUGACAGGUAUGCUGCUGGUAUGGUGUCUGACGAUGAUGACUUAUCCGGAGAUAGUAAGAGAGGCAAAUUCUCUUCUAGAGGCUCACAGAGAGAAUUUGGAGCUUCUGAUAGAAUGGGCAGCAGGAGGAAUUCUUUCACUCGCGGCAAUUAUGGUUCUUCUGGAGGACCACGCGUGCAUGGAAAUGGUGACAGGUUCGCUUCUGGUAUGGUGUCUGACGAUGAUGACUAUUCGUCCAGAGGUAGUAAGAGGGGGCAAUCCUCUUCUAGAGGCUCACAAAGAGAAUUUGGAGCUUCUGAUAGAAUGGGCAGCAGGAGGAAUUCUUUUUCUGGAGAAUCACGGAUGCAUAGAAAUGGUACUGGAACCAGCCACAGAAGUUUCCGAGAAAAUGAUGGAUUUCAACGAUUCGAAAGCCGAAGGCGAACUAAUGAGGGAGGAUUUGGUACAUUGGAUCAAAAAAGAAAUAGGUCUGGUAAUGGAACAAGAGGCUCACGAAGAAAUGGUAGAGGUAUGGAUUGGGAGUAAUUUCUUCCUGAUGGCUUUUCAGACCGAGGGUUGGAACAGAACUGAUGACAAUGGCAAGUGCUUGUGCCUCACAUGUCCAAUGCUGCUGCAUUGAGUAGCCUUACAUGCCUUAGCAUUGCAACUGUGAGACCUCCAUUGAAAUAUGCUAUCUUUUCCGAAUGACCGAAUUCUUAAUUUCUUAACUAUUUUAUUGAAGAUGAUGCAUGCACCCUGCUACAAUGAAAUUCUUGUCACUUGAUAGGAGUUGAUAAGCAUCCUUCAGUCCUGGCCAAAGUAAGCUGUAUCUCUUUCACCAGCUGUGAGACUUCUUUUUCACUUCUUAUUACUUUCUUCCAUUUUGACAAACUACAAGAUUAUGAGCAUUGAACAUGCAAAAAAAAAAAAUAAUAAAGUGAAAAAAAAUCGAUCAGACCUAUCAGAAUAAAAUCCAAGUCCCUGUGUCAGUUCCAUCACGCGCAGGCAUGUCAAGAAUUUGUUCUUGUUGGGUAUCUGUUGAAGAUAAUAUUCAUGGCCUUAGUCUUUAUCAUCUUUUGUGAUAUUGUGAUCAGGGAUUUAAAUUGCAGAAAUAGUACA